AUGGCUUCAUCCAUUGGCACUGACUAUAAUACAACUAUUGUAACACAUGAAACCCAGAGUGCUACUACACCAUUAACUAGCACUGAAGUGCCAUCAACCAGAACAGAAACCUCUAGUGCAAUUCAUACUACACCAUUAGCUGUAUCCAAUAGGACUGAGCAGAGGACAACUAUUGUAACAGAUGGAACCCUGAGUGUUUCGACUCCAUUAACUAGUACCGAAGUACCAUCAACUACUACUAAAACUUCCAGUGCAAUUAAUACUACACCUUCAGCUUCAUCCAAUAAUACUGAGCAGAACACAAAUGCUGUAACUGAAGUGUUAUCAACCAGUAAAGAAAUUUCCAAUGCAAUUUAUACUACAUCUUCAACUUCAUCCCUUAGUACUGAGCAGAAGACAAAUAUUGUAACACAUGGAACCCAAAGUGGGUCCUUAUCAAUAACUAGUACAGAUGUGUCAUCAACUAGUACAGAAAAGACUAGUGCAAUUCAAACUACACCUUCAGCUUCAUCUCUAACCAUUGAGAAAGUUACUAUAAGUACUGAUGUGCCAUUGAAAAAUACAGAAACUUCUAGUACAAUUCAUACUACACCUACAGCUUCACCCAUUAGUGCUGAGCAGAAGACAAUUGCUGUAACACAUGAAACCCAGAGUGUUACUAGACCAUUAACAAGUAUCGAACUGGCACCAAUAAGUACAGAAACUUCUACUGCAAUUCUAACUACACUUCCAGUAAAAAGUACUAAAAUGCCAUCAGCCAGUACAGAAACAUCUAGUCCAAUUCAUACUACACCAUCAGCUUCAUCCAUUACUAAUGAACAGAAGACAACUAUGGUAACAAGUACUGAAGUGCCUUUAACCAGUACAGAAACAACUAGGGCAAUUUAUACAACAUCUUCAGCUUUCUACUUUAGUACUGAACAAAAGACAAUUACUGCAAAAUAUGAAAGCCAGAGUGUUACUUCACAAUUAUCUAGUAUUGAAGUGCCAUCAACCAGCACAGAAACUUCUAGUGUAAGUCAUACCACACCUUCAGCUUUAUCCCUUAGUACUGAACAAAAGACAGUUAUUGUAACACAUGAAACCCAGAGUACUACCCAAACAUUAACUAGUACUGAAGUGCCAUCAACGAGUACAGAAACCUCCAGUGCAACUAAAACUACACGUUCAGCCAUUAGUACUGAGCAGAAUACAACGAUAGUAACACAUGAAACCCAGAGCGUUUCUGCACCAUUAACUAGUACUGAAGUGCCAUCAACCAAUACAGAAACUUCUACUGUAAGUCAUUCCACACCUUCAGCUUCAUUACUUACUGGAAAGAAGACAACUGCUAUAACACAUGAAACCCAGAGUGUUAAUGUAACACAUGAAUCCCAGAGUGAUACUUCACUAUUAACUAGAACUGAAGUGCCAUUAAUCAGUAUGGAAACUUCUAAUCCAAUACAUACUACACCUUCAGCUUCAUCCCUUAGUACUGAGCAGAAGACAACUAUUGUAACAUAUGAAACCCAGAGUGUUACUGCACCAUUAACUAGUACUAAAGUGCCAUCAAUCAGUACAGAAACUUCUAGUGGAAUUCAUACUACAAUUUUAACCUUAUCUAGUAGUGCUGAGCAGAAGACAAAUGCUGUAACACAUGGAACCCAGAAUGCUACUACACCACUAAGUAGUACUGAAGUGCCAUUAACCACUACUGAAACAUCCAGUGCAAUUCAUACUACACAAUCACCUUCUUCGCUUAGUGCUGAGCAGAAGACAGCUAUUGUAUCACAUGAAACCCAGACUUCAUCCAUUCGUACUGAGCAGAAGACAUCUAUUGAAACACAUGAAACCCAGAGUUUUACUACAACGUUAACUAGUACUGAAAUGCCAUUUACCAGUACAGAAACUACAAGUCCAAUUCAUACUACACCUUCAGCUGCAUCCAUUAGUAAUGGGCAGAAGACAACUAUUGUACCAAAUACUAAAGUGCCUUUAACCACUACAGAAACCUCUAGUGCAGUUAAUAUGACACCUUCAGCUUCAUCCAUUAAUAUUGAACAAAGUAGAACUACAGUAACAAGUACUGAAGUGCCAUCAAUCAGUAAAGAAUCUUCUAGUCCAAUUCAUACACCUUCAGCUUCAUCCCUUAGUAUUGAGCAGAAGACAGCUAUUGUAACACAUGAAACUCAGAGUGCUACUACAACAUUAACUAGUAAUGAAGUUCCAUCAACCACUACAGGGGCUUCUAGUACAAUUCACUCUACACCUUCAGUUUUAUAUAUUAGUACUGAGCAGACAACAUCUAUAGUAACACAUGAAACCCAGAGUGCUACUACAACAUUAACUAGUACUGAAGUUCCAUUAACCACUACAGAAAGUUCCAGUGCAAUUCAUACUACACUUUCAGCUUUAUCCAGUAGUGCUGAGCAGAAGACAACUGCUGUAACACAUGAAACUCAGAGUGCUACUACAACAUUAACUAGUACUGAAGUUCCAUCAACCACUACAGAGGCUUCUAGUGCAAUUCACUCUAUUAGUACUGAGCAAAAGACAUCUAUUGUAACACAUGAAACCCAGAGUGCUACUCCAACAAUAACUAUUACGGAAGUGCCAUCAACCACUACUGAAACAUCCAGUGGAAUUCAUACUACACCUUCAGCUUUGUCCAUUAGUACUAAGUCAUCAAGCACUACAGAGGCUUCUAGUGAAAUUCAUUUUACACCUUCAGCUUCAUCCAUUAGUACUAAUGAGAAGACAUCUAUUGUAACACAUGAAACCCAGAGUGCUUCUACAACAUUAACUAGUACUGAAGUGCCAUCAACCACUACAGAAACUUCCAGUGCAAUUCAUACUACAUUUUUAACCUUAUCCAGUACUCCUGAGCAGAAGACAACUGCUGUAACACAAGAAACCCAGAGUGCUACUGCACCAUUAACUAGUACUAAAGUGCCAUCAACCAGUACAGAAACUUCUAGUGGAAUUCAUACUACACUUUCAACCUUAUCUAGUAGUGCUGAGCAGAAGACAACUGCUAAGACAACUGCUGUAACACAAGAAACCCAGAGUGCUACUGCACCAUUAACUAGUACUAAAGAGCCAUCAACCAGUACAGAAACUUCUAGUGGAAUUCAUACUACACUUUCAACCUUAUCUAGUAGUGCUGAGCAGAAGACAACUGCUGUAACACAUGGAACCCAGAAUGCUACUACACCACUAAGUAGUACUGAAGUGCCAUCAACCACUACUGAAACAUCCAGUGCCAUUCAUUCUACACGUUUAGCUUCGUCCAUUAGUACUUAUGAGAAGACAUCUAUUGUAACACAUGAAACCCAGAGUGCUACUGCAACAUUAACUAGUACUGAAGUGCCAUCAACCACUACUGAAACAUCCAGUGCAAGUCAUACUACACCUUCAGUUUCAUCCAUUCGUACUGAGCAGAUGGCAACUGCUGUAACACAAGAAACCCAGAGUACUACUAAACCACUAACUAGUACUGAAGUUCCAUCAACCACUACUGAAACAUCCAGUGGAAUUUAUACUACACCUUCAGCUUUCUCCAUUAGUACUAAGUCAUCAAGCACUACAGAGGCUUCUAGUACAAUUCAUUCUACACCUUCAACUUCAUCCAUUAGUACUAAUGGAAAGAUAUCUAUUGUAACACAUGAAACCCAGAGUGCUACUACAACAUUAACUAGUACUAAAGUGCCAUCGACCAGUACAGAAACUUCUAGUGCAAUGCAUGAAACUUCUAGUGCAAUUCAUACUACAUUUUCAACCUCAUCUAGUAGUGCUGAGCAGAAGACAACUGCUGUAACACAUGGAACCCAGAGUGCUACUACAACAUUAACUAGUGCGGAAGUGCCAUCAACCACUACUGAAACAUCCAGUGGAAUUCAUACUACACCUUCAACUUUGUCCAUUAGUACCAAGCCAUUAACCACUACAGAGGCUUCUAGUGAAAUUCAUUCUACACCUUCAGCUUCAUCCAUUAGUACUAAUGAGAAGACAUCUAUUGUAACACAUGAAACCCAGAGUGCUUCUACAACAUUAACUAGUACUGAAGUGCCAUCAACCACUACAGAAACUUCCAGUGCAAUUCAUACUACAUUUUUAACCUUAUCCAGUACUCCUGAGCAGAAGACAACUGCUGUAACACAAGAAACCCAGAGUGCUACUGCACCAUUAACUAGUACUAAAGUGCCAUCAACCAGUACAGAAACUUCUAGUGGAAUUCAUACUACACUUUCAACCUUAUCUAGUAGUGCUGAGCAGAUGACAACUGCUGUAACACAUGGAACCCAGAAUGCUACUACACCACUAAGUAGUACUGAAGUGCCAUCAACCACUACUGAAACAUCCAGUGCAAUUCAUGCUACACCUUCAGUUUCAUCCAUUCGUACUGAGCAGAAGACAACUGUUGUAACACAAGAAACCCAGAGUGUUACUAAACCACUAACUAAUACUGAAGUGCCAUCAACCACUACUGAAACAUCCAGUGCAAUUCAUACUACACCUUCAGCUUUGUCCAUUAGUACUAAGUCAUCAAGCACUACAGAGGCUUCUAGUACAAUUCAUUCUACACCUUCAACUUCAUCCAUUACUACUAAUGAGAAGAUAUCUAUUGUAACACAUGAAACCCAGAGUGCUUCUACUACAUUAACUAGUACUGAAGUGCCAUCAACCAGUACAGAAACUUCUAGUGCAAUGCAUGAAACUUCUAGUGGAAUUCAUACUACACUUUCAACUUUAUCUAGUAGUGCUGAGCAGAAGACAACUGCUGUAACACAUGGAACCCAGAAUGCUACUACACCACUAAGUAGUACUGAAGUGCCAUCAACCACUACUGAAACAUCCAGCGCAAUUCAUUCUACACGUUUAGCUUCGUCUAUUAGUACUUAUGAGAAGACAUCUAUUGUAACAAAUGAAACCCAGAGUGCUACAGCAACAUUAACUAGUACUGAAGUGCCAUCAACCACUACUGAAACAUCCAGUGCAAUUCAUACUACACCUUCAGUUUCAUCCAUUCAUACUGAGCAGAAGACAUCUGCUGUAACACAAGAAGUCCAGAGUACUACUAAACCACUAACUAGUACUGAAGUGCCAUCAACCACUACUGAAACAUCCAGUGCAAUUCAUACUACACUGUCAGCUCUAUCCCUUAGUACUGAGCAAAAGACAACUAUUGUAACACAUGAAGCCCAGAAUGCUUCUACAACAUUAAAUACUACUGAAGUACCUUCAACCAGUACAGAAACUUCCAGUGUAAUUCCUACUACAACUUCGGCUUCAUCUCUUAGUACUGAACAGAAGACAACUUUUGGAACACGUGAAAGCCAUAGUUUUACUACACUAUUAACUAGUAUUAAAGUGCCAUCAACCAAUACAGAAACUUCUAGUUUAACUUAUACUACACCAUCAGAUUUAGCGUCAUCACUUCAAACCACAGUUAUGUUACGGAAUACCACACCAAGUAUGGGAAUUUCUACAACAUCCAAAGCUUCCUCACCUUCAUGUUCUGAGUCUUUAAGUGGAAAUGACUGUCAGAAUGGUGGAAACUAUGUAAAUGUUGUAAUGGAUACAUUUUCACCCCAGAAAAAUAUCAAUUUGCUAAUUUCAUUAAAUCUGGUUUUUAACCAAAAUCUGCAAAACACUUCAUCUCAAGACUACAAUAACCUUGCAAAUAUAAUUAAAAAGGUUUUUGGUGAAGUUUACAGAGAAGCUGCCCCAUUAUACUUUGUUGAGAUUAUUCUGUAUGGCUUCAGUCCAGGCAGUGUCAUUGCUAACACCUCUGGGAUCUACAACUACCCCAACAAUCAGACGGGCAUCGACAUCCUAAACAAUAAUCUGACUACGGAUCUUACCAAUGCAAUUACAAGCAUGAACAUAACUGCACUCAAUACAACUGUGAACAAUGUGACAGCAACACCUCAAGCCUCUCCGAUAACAAAUGUAGUCGAACUAAAGAGCUACAUGUCAUGCAGUCUGAACUUUACUGGUUAUAACAUCACUUGUAACCAGUCUUGUUCAUGUGUGGGACCUUGUGAGCAGAAUACCAGCUACUGUCAGCACAACGGCACUUGUUACAAUCAAGCCAAUGGACCUGUAUGCAAUUGUACAGGGCCAUAUACUGGAGACCAAUGUCAGAAUGAAAUACAAACAACAACUUCUUUCACCACGGAACUUUUAUCCACCGGUGAAACAGCAACUGCCAUUUCAUCUUCUAGCACUGAGUUACCUACAAAUACAAUAUCAAAUGCUACAUUUCCAGAAACGUCUGCUACAUUAGCAAGCUCGCACACAAACUCAGAACUUUCCCCCACCAGUGGAACAGCAACUUCCAUGUUGUUUAUCACUGAGACACCUACAAUUACAAUAUCAAAUGCUAUGUUUCCAGAAACAACUACCAUGACAAAUAAAUCGCAGAGUGUUAUUUUACCAUUAAUCAGUACUGAAGUCCCAUCAACCACUAAAGAAACUAGCACAAUUUAUACUACACCUUCAAUUUCAUCUAUUACUACUGAGCAGAAUACAACUGCAGUAACCCAGAGUCUUACUUUACCAUUUACUAGUACUGAAGUGCCAUCAACCACUACAGAGGCUUCUAGUGCAAUUCAUUCUACACCUAAAGCUUCAUCCAUUAGUACUGAGCAGAAGACAACUAUUGUAACACAUGAAAGCCAGAGUGUUACUACACCUUCCUUUAGUACUGAAGUGCCAUCAACCAGUACAGAAACUAAUAGUAAAAUUCAUACCACAUUUUCAACCUUAUCCAGCAGUGCUGAGCAAAAGACAACUGCUCUUCGUCCAUUAGUACUGAGCAAAAGACAACUGCUUACUGAAGUGCCAUCAACCACUAUAGAAACUUCCAGUGCAACUCAUACUACACCUUCAGCUUCAUCUAUUACUACUGAGCAGAAGACAACUGCUGUAACACAUGAAAUCCAGAGUGCUACUAAACCACUAACUAGUACUGAAGUGCCAUCAACCACUACUGAAACUUCCAGUGCAAGUCACACUACACCUUCAGUUUCAUCUAUUACUACUGAGCAGAAGACAACUGCUGUACCACAUGAAACCCAGAGUACUACUAAACCACUAACUAGUACUGAAGUUCCAUCAACCACUACUGAAAAUACCAGUGCAGCUCAUACUACACCUUCAAGUGCUACUACACCACUAACUAGUACUGAAGUGCCAUCAACCACUACUGAAACAACCAGUGCAACUCAUGCUACACCUUCAAGUGCUACUACACCACUAGCUAGUACUGAAGUGCCAUCAACCACUACUGAAACAACCAGUGCAACUCAUACUACACCUUCAGCUUCAUCCAUUAGUACUAAGCAGGAAACAACUGCUGUAACACAAGAAACCCAGAGUGUUACUAUACCAUCAACUAAAGACAACUGCUGUAACACAUGGAACCCAGAGUACUACUAA